AGAAUGGGUGCUUGCCCUCCUGCAGGGUCAGGGCAGAGCCGGGCGGUGCCACUGCCCCACGCUGGCCCGCUUGGUCCCAACCUGCCCGGGCCUGGGCUCACCUGCUGCGGAACUCCAGACCUGAGAGGGAAAACUGCUGCAUGCGUGAAACAACGAAGGAAGAAAAGACAGAUGCAUCCCGGGAGGGUCUUCCUGGCCCCCUGUUGCAGACGCAGCUCAAGGCUCAGAACAGCAGGAUCGAGCAGCUCUUCCAGAAGGUGGCCCAGCAGCAGCGGCACCUGGAGAAGCAGCACCUGAGGAUCCAGAAACUGCAGAGCCAGCUGGGACUGCUGGUCCCCCUGCACCUGGACCACAGGCUGGCCAAAACCGCCAGGAGAAAGAGGCUCCCGAAGAUGACCCAGCUCGCUGGCCCCGCUCGCAACGCCAGCAGCCUGCACGGACUGCCCAGCGACUGCCAGGAGCUCUUUGAAGCUGGUGAGCGGCAAAGCGGCCUGUUCCAGAUCCAGCCUCAGGGGUCCCCGCCGUUCCUGGUGAACUGCGAGAUGACCUCAGAUGGAGGCUGGACUAUAAUUCAGAGGCGCCAAGAUGGCUCCGUGGACUUCAACCAGCCCUGGAAGGCCUACAAGGCUGGCUUCGGGGACCCCCAAGGUGAGUUCUGGCUGGGCCUGGAGAAGGUGCACAGCAUCGUGGGGGACCGAGGCAGCCGCCUGGCUGUGCAGCUGAAGGACUGGGAGGGCCACGCCGAGUCCCUGCAGUUCCCCGUCCACCUGGGUGGCGAGGACACUGCCUACAGCCUACAGCUGACCGCGCCGGUGGCCAGCAAGCUGGGCGCCUCCGCUGUGGCACCCAGUGGGCUCUCCCUGCCCUUCUCCACCUGGGACCAGGACCACGACCUCCGGGGAGACAAGAACUGCGCCAGGAGCCUCUCCGGUGGCUGGUGGUUCGGCACGUGCGGCCACUCCAACCUCAACGGCCAGUACUUCCACUCCGUCCCCCGCCAGCGGCAGCGGCGCAAGAAGGGCAUCUUCUGGAGGACCUGGCGGGGACGCUACUACCCGCUGCAGGCCACCACCAUACUGAUCCAGCCCACGGGCGCCCGGGCUGCGUCAUAGCCUCCUCGCCGGGCCUGGCCUCAGGCUCUCGAAGGACACUGACUUUGACUGUGGCCCAGCAGGCGGCUGCCCCCUGGCCGGGGCCCCUGGGACCUCGUGGUCAGAGAAGCCUACACGGAGGGGCCCCCAUGCUGAGCGGGGCUGUGGGCGCUGAGCUUGGGCGCUGACCUUGGAGAAGGACAGAGCCGGCAGGGACCCGGAAGUGGGGACCAGCGGCACCGAGGCCUCCUCGCCCGCCCGAGGGUGUGGACACAGGUGAACUGCGGGGGGCGUCAGACCAGCCCCCGGCGGUGGAUUCAGUCACAUUGACUGGCCGGGCCGCGCCCUGGUGGCACAGCUGCGUGGGUGCCACAGGGUGAACUGGCAGUGAUGGUCUGGGUGGAGCUCACGGAAGGCUUAGAAUAAAAGCAGACUCGGAACAUCUCGUUCUUUGUCCUUUGGUUUGUUUGAAAAGGGAGCCGUUUCAAAGUUCACGAAAACAUGUUCCCAGGGCGGAGGGCAAUUGUUCCCGUCUCCCUCGAGGUCAAGUAGCUACUCCUACUGUUCCGACCGCUGAUUUUAAUUCCGUUUAUUACCUCGGGAUGUGUAUCUCUCGUGUGCAUUUUCGAAAUUUUAAAACCAGACCAAGCUGUGAUUCAUCGCCUGCAAGCAGGUGGGAGAAGGCAUCGCCUCGCUGACCGUCAUCUGAUGGAAACGCGGCCACAAGUGUACUCUCCGGUCGUCGCAUUUGCAGGAA